GGAAGGAAGGAAGGAAGGAAGGAAGGAAGGAAGGAAGGAAGGAAGGAAGGAAGGAAGGAAGGAAGGAAGGAAGGAAGGAAGGAAGGAAGGAAAGGAAGGGAGGAAGGAAGGAAGAAAAGACAGACACCGACGAGAAGAGGCAUUGCGAAGCACGUUGACGAAGCUCGCGACGACGACGUAUACUGCUGUCACUGAAGGUUGACGAGGCAGAAAUGGCACGGCGGGAGUCGCGGUGAGGAAAGGGCGAGGGUGAAGCCCUCGCAGGAAAAGGGAGCUAUGGUGAAAAGCUUGGAUUUCCUCGCCAGAAGGGCGCCACCUGCCGUCCAUCACCUCUUCGUCGUUCUGCUCGCUCUCACCCCCGCUUACCACGGCGUGGACCUCUCCCAAUGCAUCGCGCCGCUCGGCAUGGAGUCCGGUGCGAUCCCGGACGCGGAUAUCAACGCCAGUUCCACCUUCGACACCGGAAACGUCGGUCCCCCACUGGCACGAUUGAAAUCGGAGAAUCUCGGCGGUGCCUGGUGCCCUAAGAACCAAAUCACCAAGGAAGCACGAGAAUGGCUGGAGAUCGACCUCCACACGAUCCACUUGAUCACGGCUACCGCUACCCAGGGCCGUUUCGGAAACGGCGUGGGCGUAGAAUACGCGGAGGCGUAUCUGUUGGAGUACUGGAGGCCGCGACUGGGCAAAUGGGUUCGAUAUAGAAACAUCAAAGGACAGGAGGUAAUACCCGGUAACACGAACACGUAUUUGGAGUCCAAGCACGAGCUGGAGCCGCCUCUGUGGGCGAGCAAGAUCCGUUUUCUGCCCUACAGCUAUCACAGGCGGACGGUUUGCAUGCGGGUCGAGCUCUACGGGUGUUACUGGAGCGACGGCGUGGUGUCCUACUCGAUGCCCCAGGGCGAUAAAAGGGGCAACGGAUGGGAAUUCUUCGAUGCGACCUACGACGGCCACUGGGACGGCGAGCUGCGCCGUGGCCUGGGUCAGCUGACAGACGGCAAAACGGGGCCCGACAACUUCAAAAUGGGAUACUACGAUAACGAUCGCGCCACUCAGGGCUGGAUAGGCUGGCGAAACGACACCCGCAGCCAGCCGGUCGAGAUCAAGUUCGAGUUCGACAAAAUACGCGAAUUCUCCGCCGUCCACAUCUACUGCAACAACCAGUUCACCAAAGAUGUCCAGGUGUUCUCUCAGGUCGAUAUCCUCUUCAGCAUCGGCGGCAAGUACUACACAGGCAAGCCCAUUACUUACACGUACAUGGAAGACAAGAUCUUCGAGUCCUCACGGAACAUCACAAUCAAGCUUCAUCAUCGAGUCGGAAAAUUCGUCAAACUGCGACUGCACUUCUCCGACCGGUGGAUCAUGGUUAGCGAGGUGACCUUCGAUUCCGACGUAGCGCAUGGCAACUUCACGCCCGAGGAAGCACCGACAACUGAGUCGCCGAUCCAAAGCGACGUCUUCGUCGAGAAGAACGGCGCCGCCGAGGGGGAACUCCCGGUCUCGACGGCGACGCACGACGACCCCACGUACAUGGCGAUCGUGAUCGGCGUGUUGACCGCCGUGAUACUUCUGCUGGCCGUGGCGAUAUUUCUGAUUGUCUCACGGCACCGGCAACGUAAGUGUUUCGCCAGCCCGAUGACCGGCAAAGCCCCGUCCCACCUGGGCUCCACCUGCGCCACCGUCGAGAAAGGCGCCGCGCUGAUGGCGUACACCUUGGAGGACGACGAGAGAUACGCGGGCGGCUCGUUGCCGACUCUGCCGCGAGACCUCGGCAAUCGUCUCCUGGAUAUCGUGAAGCUGGACGACUACCAGGAGCCGUACCAGGCGCUGAGGUACGCGCCCUACUACAGCUACAGCACCGUCGUUAUGGAGAUGAAAGACAUGAUGCUGAACAACAAGGGCACCAACAUCAAUCACUCAGCGGUGUACGCGAACGGUGCAGUUGACACGUCGUACGAUUAUGCGGUACCGGAACUCGGCACGGUGCCUCUGCUCAAUCAGGACGCCGGCGCCGGCCGCGGGGCGACCGUCUCCAACGCCAGCGGCGACCAGGACAGCCUCUUCUCCAAGAGCUCGCGCGGCACGAAGACGGAGGACAAGAAGUCGCCGACUCAACAGGAGGUACUCUCGGCCCUGAAGAGACGUCUGGAGCAGACCAGCGUACCGCUCUUCCCACGGCAUCGCCUCCGCAUGCUCUCCAAGCUCGCCGAGGGGGCGUUCGGAACGGUGUACGUGGCGGAAGCUGAAGGGAUACCGGAGUACGGCACGACGACCACCCUCGGCAAGCGACUCGUCGCCGUCAAGUUUUUACUGCCGGAAGCCAGCGAGAAGGAAAAGUUGGACUUCCAAAGGGACGUGAGGAUCUUGGCCGCUCUGGAAGAUCGCAAUAUCGCACGUGUCCUGGGCGCCUGUUAUCGCGAGGAGCCGUACUGCGUGGUGAUGGAAUACCUAGAACACGGGGAUCUCUGUCAGUUCCUCAAGACGCAUAUCACUGCUGAGGACGCGCAUUCCAUGCCGAUUGGCGUCAAGACACUUAGUUUCAACUGUCUCAUCUACAUGGCGGCGCAGAUCGCGUCGGGCAUGCGGUAUCUGGAGAACCUGAACUUCGUUCAUCGGGAUCUGGCUACUAGGAAUUGUCUGGUCGGCAAGGCGUACCACAUCAAGAUCUCCGACUUCGGCACGGACAACGAAUUGUACUCCUGCGAUUACUACAAGGUCGAUGGUGCCAUGCCGUUGCCAGUACGAUGGAUGGCAUGGGAGUCAAUAUUUCUGGGGAAAUACACAACGAAGAGCGACGUAUGGGCAUUCGCGGUGACUCUGUGGGAGAUCCUAAACCUCGGCAGACGUGUACCGUACGAGCACCUAACGGACGAGGAAGUGGUGCAAAGCUUACGGCAAUUGCACCAUGCCGCCGACUGCGCAAGCAACGGCAGCAGCAACGUCAAUCCAGAGGACGGCUGCAAAGAAGAUUCCGGUGGUAGUGGUGGUGGUGGCGGCGGCGGUGGCGGUGGUAGCGGUGGCGGUGGUAGCGUGGGCAACGGCUUUGACUACUUGCCGCGACCCACCGCCUCCUCCAAGGACAUCUACGAUCUGAUGCUCGAGUGCUGGCGACGAGAGGAGAACGAGAGGCCGACCUUCCGUGAGAUAUCGCUCUUCCUGCAGCGGAAAAACCUGGGUUACGCGCCAACAUCCUGAUAUUGAGCCCCGUGCAACAACUCCGGCGAUCACGGCGACUUUCUCAACGGUCAUCCCGCGGGAUUUCAGAACGGGCCGACGAGCGGCCUGGAAACGGGUCGGCGAGCGUGCGACGACAGGCUGCGGACUCGCUCGAGAAAUCGCAGGAAUCGAGUGGCCGUCGAGUGAGGACAGACGGAGGAACGCAGGUGCGAAGAAAUGGGGCGGCAUGAACGACAGAGCAAGCCUCCGUAAGAGGAAGAGACUGCGCGCGGUGCGCGCCACGGGAAUGACGAAUUGUUGUAGAAUCACUCACGCGACAUCGAAAUGACAAGUACAACGACAACGGCGAUGAUCGUUACCGUCUCCGUCAACGAGACGGCGGGACCCGGGGAACCUGGACUACCGCCGUGCGACCCGGAAUCCGUCGAGCCGCGACCUCGUCUCGACCUUCGGACAACGAGUAUACCGUAGCAGGCAGGAAGUAACCUUUAGGAUAGAUAGAAGAGUAAGGAAGCGUAAGGAGUCUCUCGUUCCUUCAAACGAAGACUUUCGCCGACGCCUCUCUCGGAAUUUAUAUUGUUAGGGAGAAUUCACACCUUGACAGAAAGGCAAAAGCCAAUCAGGACUGGCGCUGGUAGAAAAGCAGAAACUAUCGACUAUCACCUGGUGGUCAGCGCGAUUAACUUCUGUCUUUCUGUUUUCUGCUCUUCUGCCAAGGUGUGAAUUAUUCUUAAAACUUAAUCUAUAAUACGCUCUUUGUUUUUUGUUCUUUGUUUUUUUCUAGUUUGAGGCUUAAAGUUUGAGUCACAAAGAAAUAAAGAGAAAGAAACAGGAAGCAAAGAACACAUUGUAGAUCAAGCUUUAUACUUCGAGCUGCCACGCGCAUCGCGAAAACACGACAACUGGUCUGCGUCAGACAUUCUGACAGUAGCAAUAGCAGCAGCAACGCGAGUUGUACUCGCAUGCCAUUUCGUCUUCUCCGGGAGUCUCGUGAUCGCCGCGUGGAGUACGAAUCUCGGGGAGAGAAAAAGCAACGUUAAGCUUUCUCCCUCGAACGGGCGAUGAGAACAAGAGAGAAUGAGAAAGAGAGAUAAUGAAACGAAGACAGACCGUGAAUCUGCAAACACGACAAUCGGAUGAGAGCACAAUAAAAAGAAUAAGUAUGCCUCUCGUAGAUGACAGUAGCCGCGCUAUAAUCCACAGGGAAUCGCACGUACGCGAUUAUCGAAGGAAGACAACGACGACAACGACGGAGGCAGCAGAGGACGACGGCGUUUGCGAGAUCGCGCGGAGAAGGGUUUCUCUCUCUCUCUGUCCCGCGAUCUCGCCGACAACCUCUAAGAGCAAUACGCGUGUAAUUAAAAUAUAAUAAUGAUAAUACACAGCUGCGAACAUUCCUGCGUGGACGGAUGGGUCCCGGGAUCCUGUUUGAUCGCGCGGCAAUUAUUAAUAGAGAGGGGGAGGAGAGAGAGAGACACACAGAGCCCACGUGAUAGCCGCAAAGGACAGGAGAGGGAUCGUUUACUUAAGGAGGAUAAUUAGCAAGUUCCCCUCCGACGGGAACUAUAUAUUGUUUCGAUUAAGAGGGGUUACAUGGAGAAAGAGGGGGGAGAGAGAGAGAGAGAGAGAGAAUUGCGCAAAGCAACAUCGACGGCAAUAUAGUGCGAUUAUACCGACAUUAGACUUAAAACUACGACGACUGUUCGGAGUUAAUCAUCGUGAAAAAAAGCAGCGUUAUAAAUAUGAGUGUACUCGUGAACGCGUGGGUAUCUGUACCCUGCCUUGACCAUCCCUCCUCCCUCUCCUCUCCACGCCCCCUUCUCAUAUUCUUCCCUAUCGCUCUCUUUUGCUAUCUUUGAACGUGUAUAUCGUAAUUAUCGUCCCAGGUACUCUGGAUCUCUAAUUGUGAGACAAAUCUACUUGGUCUGUGUGUACGUGCGCGCGUGUGUCAGUGAGUAAGUGAGUGAGUGUAUAUAAUUUACAUCGCGAAAUUCUUUAUCGUCAUGAGACGCACAACAUAUCGCGCGAGACGACGAAGCGCGGCGUUGUCGCCGAUGUAGAGCGAUCGAGUGAAUCGAGAACCGUCUCGCGCUUUUUCGCGAGACGCUAUUUUUCGUCUGCGUGUAUUCGAAUUUUCGCAUAUAUAUAUAUAUAUAUAUAUAUAUAUAUAUAUAUAUAUAUAUGCAUGUAUAUGUAUAUGUACAAUGGCGCGUACAAUAAUACAGCGCAAGUGUAACAUAAACCAUAAGUCGACGUGAGCGCACACUGUCGGAGGGUACGCAAUGGUUAGUGGUGGUGGAGCUCUUACCGGCGGCGUGGGGAGGUAAGACAGUCGAGUGACUGCAUAAAGAUUUCUCGAUAGUAAAUGUUUUCUUCGAAACGUGUCGCUAUUUCAAUCAACAGUUAAGAAGGGAAGCACAGUUUGUACGUGGAUGAAACUACGUUGAUGUUGUGUAAACUCUAGAACGAGUAAGUCGUAAGUUAAGCGCGCGAAGUGGGGUUAUAAAGAACAUGAAGUUCAACUUCACGACGCGUUCAACUUCACACUGCCGGUCCAGAUGUGUUAUUUCGGCUGAAUUUUUUUCUAUACGUUUCAUACCGCUUCAAAGUCACGUCAUUUAAAGCGUUUAAACAUAUUAAAUUGUAAAACGUGUUAAGUGACAUAACUUGAGACUGUAAGGGAUAUGUAUAAAAAUAGAUUCAACCAAAUUAUACGUUUAUGCGUAGAAACACCACGCUUGGAUUUGCGGUGCUGUUCUCAAUAUCGGGAGAUCGGUAAUAGGCUAUACGUAUCAUGACUAUGACACAUCAUAAUUGUAACUUUAUAACGUUAGGCGGGAUCAAUGAAAAUAAGAAAUUAGAAUAUUGUACAUAUACAUAGGCGCAUUUCCAUUUGUGUGUGUGUGUGUGUGCGUGUGUGUGCGUGUGUGUGAUAAGGAGUGUUAUCCAUGCGAGGGAGAGUGAGAGUGUGUAUGAAAGAGAGAGAGAGAGAGAGAGAGAGAGAGAGAGAGAGAGAGAGAGAGAGAACGCACGAGAUUGGGGCGGAAUCGGCAAGCGAAUCGAAUUUGUCCGCGUGAAAAAGCGCGUUUCACACGCUCUCGCGCGUACAUUCGGUUAUUAGCGUACGGACGGCAUGAGAAAAAGGGAAGAGAAGAAAAAAACGUACGGCAAUUGUUUAGCUUCCGAAUCGACGAGAUGUUCGUGGCGUGAGGAGACGGACGAGCGCGACGAGAAUUCGACAUAUCGGAACGUUCCUCCCUAAAAUUUCAACGAGACCGUGGAAACCGUGGAAAAGAAAAAAAAAGAAUGAAAGCCGAAAACGGGAGAGUACGAUCACAUCCUCUGAACGCGUCGGUGACGACGACAACGACGCGCGCAAAUUCGUCCGGCGUUCGCGCGUCACAACAUCGCCCCGUCUCCAAUCGUAUUCCGGUGUAAUUUCGAGCCGACAUCUUUAAAUAGGCUCCGCGUAUUUAUAUACACCAGAUGGAUAUACUAUUACUAAAUAAACUUAUGCGACACUUAGCGGAUAGGCGAUGUUACCGUUAUACUAUUAAAAUACUAUUUAUAUAUAAAUUGAACGUAAUAUCGCGUAUUAAGGAGUAGAGACGACACGGAGGCAUAGCCAUGCGUAUAGUUGAGGUACUCGCGUUGAAUUUAAACGUAACUGGAAUUGCUUCUACAUGCUUCUCCUCUCCAACGAGGGACCGCGCGUCCAAGACGAGCAAGCGAACAAGACGAAACACAAUAGAGAAUAUUUGGAGAAAAGGCAACGAAAGUUUCGCACACACGAAAUUCAGUGCGAAGCCACGCGCGCUUAUGCGCGCUAGUUUUGAGGCAACAGAGACACACACUGCAAAUCCAAGUGUGAUAUUUUAGUCGAAUAUCUUUUUAUCUUUUUAUACGUUUCUUACGCAUUUUUAAAUCACGUCAUUUGACACGUUUAAAUGUAUUAAGUCAUAAUUUAGUCGUCUUAAACAUGUUAAACGAUGUAACUUAAAACUGCAAGAAACGUAUAAAAAAAGCUUUGGUCAAGUAAUACACUUAAAAAUAACACAUGGAUUUGCAGUGUAAGCAAUACUGAUUUUUUUGGUUUUGCUAGAAAGAGACAGAGAAAACGGAAUGAAAAUAGUAAUAGUGCCGAUCGAUCGACGCAAAUCGAACGUUGUUUACCUAAGAGCGAGCGAGCGAGGAAGCGAGAGAGAGAGAGAGAGAGAGAGAGAGAGAGAGAGAGAGAAAGAGAGAGAGAGAGCGCAAGCGAGAAUAUACCGAAACGCGACAUAUACGUAUAAUUUUGUGCCAUCGCGAGGAAUCGAUCGAUUAAUUAAAUUCACCACCGGUUGUGACUGAGUUGAAAACAAUAAUAAUAAUGAUAACCGAACUACCGCAGCCGCGGUAGGCGUUUUUAGUCCAAAGCAGACUGCCAUUACCUACUACCUAGAAGACGAUAAUAGAGAACGAAUUGUAGUUGCGUUUAGAUUCGCCAACAUAAGCAUAACGCUGCCUUUGGCUAUAUUGUUGCCCCUUACUGCUAACGAGUAACUCACUUGUCUACUCAUGUGAUAAUUUAGUAUAUCUCUACGUACUACCUGUACCUACCAAUUCGGAGUUCUUCGUAGCGAAAGGAUUAUCUCUGUACUUCUUCACUCCCUUCGCCCUUUGUCGCGAAUUUGCCACUCGACCGGGGAUCACGACUCGAUCGCUCCUCUCGAUAAAAAUGUCGAAUGCGGACUAAUUGCGAGGAUCGAUCGAGAACCCGAGGAUCUCGUCAGUCGUGGGACCUAACAACUUCGUCGAGCGCGCAAAUUCAGAGCAUUGGCUGCUCCGUAAUUUCGCGAAGGUCGCUGCAGAAAGCGCACGGUGUUGUGAGUCGCGGCGUGAUCAAGAUCUCGCACGCGUAAUCCUUUCUCUACGCGAAGACUCGCCACUAUAAUCUAGAUAGCUUACUUCUACCUAGUGUGCCCUUUUUCCAGUGGUGGUUAAUUGUAUUCUUUGCGGACAAUUCGAGCUCUGCCACAAUGGCGUCACCGGGGUAAUAAGCCGUUCAGAAUCACGACAUCUCCGAGAGGGAAGCGACAGCCGGAUACAUUUGGCUCGUGCGUUCCGGAAUAUACACGAGUGUACUACACGCUGAGUCGGUGCGAGAUUUCGUUCCUUUCAAGGCGUCACGUGGUCGACAGGCUCCUCAACCUUAAUCGCAACGACGUCUCGAAAACCUUCAUCGCGACACGACCACACACGCACACUUACACUUACAUAUACGUACGCGCACACACAUACACACGCUGCUGAUUCCUUCGGUAUGUAUAUUUUUAAACACACUUAUGAUCGACAAUCACGCUUGCCUCGGAAUUUAGGGGAUAUACUUGGCGCCGAUCGCGAUUUCCUUGAAACACGACUCACGGGCAAUGGUGUUAGCAUUUCGCGAAUAGUUUGUUUAGUGAGACGCGAGACUACUCAAUCUGAAAGGAAUUGAUUUCUAACGCGUACGAUAAUUUUCUUAACGCGCGCGCGAAGAAAGAUAUUUAUACACGGAGAGAAUAUUGUAGUAAAAAUUACAAAAAAAAUUUGUUUAAGAUCUAUAUUAUAUUUUUUUAACUCCUUAUACAGAAUUAUGACCGAAAUUACUGUAUAUUUGUUUCAAAAUAUUAUGUACGUUUGAUUUUCUGCUAUAACAUUAUUGCAAUUACACUUGAAUAUGUUCUUUUCUUUUAUAUUAUAUACCAGGAAUAGAUGGUCAGAGAGUGCAGCCAAAUGCUCAUAGGCUACUAGGCUCUGAUUCACGGUUAAAAUUGGUUUUGAAGCUAUUUUAGCUUUAAAAUAAAGUUUAUAAAAGUGCGUAGGAUAUAAAUAUGCAAGUGCCAAAGUAAUCGGACCUGAUGUUCAGACCUGAGAGAUAUAGCCCAUUGAACAUUCUACUUCCACGAGAUGUUAAUUUCAAGACGCACACUUGCGCAAAGACUGCCUUAGAUCUAAGGUUUAGAAUCUGAGGUCUCUCGAUACUGUGAAAAAAUGUAUAACCAAAUACUGAUUGACCGUACUGUCACAAGUGACAAGUCUGAUCGAAAUGUGAUUGUUAUGUAAUAAGCACAAAAACCGCGGCUGUAGUUCAACGCGGAGAGUACUGAUACCUUGUGAAAGUGUAAUGUUCAGUGAGACCAUAAUCUCUGGAGAAUAAUCCUUCGAUCACACUUUGAUACCUGCAUAUUUGUAAUCUACGCACCAUAAACUAUUUUAAGUCCAAAAUGGUUUCAAAAUUUUUUGAUCAUGAAUCUGAGACACUUUUCAGGCCUCAUUCUUUACUAUUUCAUAUAAUUUUAGUAUAAUCCAGCUCUACAAAAAACGCGAAAAGAGAUGUAAUUUUAACUGCACUUUUACUGCAAUAUUCUUUCCGUGUACGUCUCUUCACGUACGACAGACGAACGCGAACACAUAGAUCAUCAUCUACAGGGUCACGCAGGGUCAUGCAGCGAAUCACGCUUUCUCAAAGCAGAGGCAAACAUUGAUAAACUCGGUGGAUAAUGCUGGUCAAUUGCGGUGUAUCUUUUCUCGCGGUUAAAGUCGCGCGCACUGUAUACGGUCGUCGUUUGUUUCUUUAAUCAAUCAUUUAUCGCGUGAAGUCGACACGACGAAGCUAGAACUACAUCGUGUAAUACUCUGGUCGAAAAAACCAGAGUUGGUCUUGGACCAGAGUAGGUCUCUGAUUCUAGAGAAAAAAAGCGGCGCCGUGAUGGGAAGCCCGAAGAUCGCGGCAAUGAAAUCGAUUACAAUGUUGUACUACAAUCACGUCACGCGUAUACGUGUACUACGAGUAAAUUUGUUUCGCGCGAGCACACGAUGAAGCAUGUUUUCGCUAUAAUACCUGAUUGUUAACCUCUAUCGGUGGAAUUGCGGGGGAGUCUACAGGUAAUUGCGGGAAAACUGGGGAGAGCUCAUCUAGUUGUAUCUUCUAUAUCCAGGUAAGGGCAACGCACGGCCACGUUAGAGGAUUUCGAAUGUUCCCUCUUCCUCCCUCUCUUUCUCACUCUCUCGCGAAGAGAAUCGAGAGAUCAUUUCCCGAGGAUCGCGAACGAUCAUUCUUGAACUCCACGCGAGAGACGAGGGAGAAAUUCGAAACCGGCGAAACCGAGACCACCGGUCACGGUGAGUUGCCCAUGCCUGUUCUAACGCUAUCGAACCUUGAUCGUUAUAGUCAUAAAAUUAUUUUGUACUAAGAACUGUUUAUAAUUUUGUAUCUAAUCUCUGUAAAUAUAUAUCAAGCAGAUUGUCUAUGAGUAAUAAAGCUUAAACAAACUCGAUUUAUAAGUAGACUAUAUAUAUAUAAAUAUAAAAAAACGGGAAGAAAAGAAGUAUAUAUAUAUAUAUAUAUGAAACAAAUAUAUAUAUAUGAAAAUACAAGUAUUUAUAAUAUAUCUAUAUUUUAACUAGUCAUAUAAGGCAGCAAGAGAUGUAAGUAAAUUUCGCAUAAGCGCGGAUAUCGGUAACGUAACAAUGUACAACGAUUUAGGGAAUAUUUGUAUUAUAAAGACGACAAUUAAGGGACAAAUCAUAAAAAAAAAGUAUACAUGUUACUCAGUAGCCGUGUGUGUGUGAUGCGUAUAUGUACAUGUGUGUGUGUGUGUAUGAGUAGUGUGUUGUGUAUGUGUAUAUAUAUAUAUAUAUACACAUAUAUACAUAUAUGCAUGGCACAUAAUAUUUACCACCUAGACUAACUAGUCAUGUACGGCACUUUAUAGCAAUUAAAGUGUAUCCCUGACGACAAACGCGCGAACGUGCAACGUUGUGUGCUGUUCUUUGACUCUAUUCUUGCUUUAAAUAGGGAAACGUCGAAAGAAAGAGAGAGAGAGAGAGAGAGAGAGAGAGAGAGAGAAAAUGACGCGCAAUACACUACUACUAACGCAAUCGAGAACGAUCGAACAACGCCCCAUGAUCGUUGAUUCCCAAGCAAAUUUAUCAAUUUCGACUUUGCCGCACAUUUCGCUCAGCUCGAACGCUGCGCGUACACAUUGUGAACGAAUUCCACCGGGAAAACGUGAAUUUUGCCGUAGACCCGAACAUAUCAUUUAAAUAACUUACACGUGUAUCUCAUUAAAAGAAAAACAACAUGCAA